UCACCGGGGGCUGUCACACAGGGAGGACCGCGCGCCGCCACAGCCCCGAAAACCUCCCCGCGAUGCUGGUUUAACAGUUUUCCACAACCGGACCCGAGCCGCACUCCACCCGGAGCCUCCACCCCGCCCGCUGACGGUGCUUCGGACCGCAUGGUUGGAAAAUGUUUGAUAAAUAGCCGCUGGCUAGCUGUUAGCUCCCGGGUUAGCGUGGAGGGUCGGCACCACCCCGAGCCGCGUUCCAAACUAAAUCCGCCUCAACGCGACCCCGUCUGCAGGAUCCGUCCACACUCCACUGAAAGGAAGCCAGACCAAGAAACAUGGAGUCCUUGUUUGGCAGCACGAGUCCCGUGAGCACCGCCGCGAAGCGCAGGCCCGACCCGAUCCGCGGACUUUCCUCGCCCGGCCUGCGGGAGAUGAGCUCCAAGACGCCGCACUGCAGGAGCUUGUUCUCCCCGGAGCCCGCGGCUGUGCUGUCGCCGGUCACCAACCUGGCUCUGGACAUGAACAACCUGGCGGGCCUCGGCAGCCACAGCGACACCCCGAAGAGGAGAAGCCGGCCCCCGCUGGAGAAGACCCCCUCCUUCGCCUCGGACGUGUCCUCUGAUGCCGGCCUGGGAGCGGAUCUCCUCAGCCCCGUGGACGCUCUGGAAGUGGACGACUCGUUCGAGCGAGCCAUCCAGCAGUCCUGCAGAGUCGUUAACGAGAAGAUGCCGAUUCGAAGGAUCAACUCACUACCACUCCAGCUCCUGGGUUUCAGUCCGGCCCUGAAGGGCCAGGAACCGGCCUCCCACCGCUACGGCGUCUUCGGCCAGCAGCCCGUCAUCAUGGCCGCCGCGCCGUCCUCUUUCCAGGAGAACAAGGAGAACGUGCCGGAGGAGAACUUCGAGUUCAAGAAGCCGUCCCGGCCGGUGUCUCGCUGCCGGGUCCGCUCCUUCAACGGCGGCCCGUCCAAGGAGGCGUUCGCCGGCCGGCCCGGCUCGGCCCCCGCCCUCAUGCUGUCCUCCCCCCUCCCCGUCCAGCAGCUGGACUUCCAGGACUCCAGCCCCGUGUUCUCCAGACGUUCCUCGCUGGCCUCCGAAGACGACGGCUUCCUGGACGUUCUGGACGACAACAUGGAGAGUGACCCGGACCUCCCGCUGGGCAUGGCCAGCCUGCUGACGGCGCCGCUGGUCUCCGACGCUGCAGCAGACGACUCGCCCGUGAUCCGCUGUCGCCCUCGGAGCCUGUUCCGCUCGCCCUCCGCCCCCGGCCCCGCCCCCAGCCCCGCCCCCGUCCCGGCGGCCCGGCCCUGCACCAAGCGCCCCGACUGUCCCGGGGACGAGAACACGCCGGUGCGGGUGAAGCGGCGCCGCAGCGUGGCGGGAACGCAGGUGACCGGGCCGGAGCGGAACCCCGAGUCUCCGCGAGCGAGCUGCUCGCUGCUGCAGAGGUCCCGGUCCUUCUGCCAGACCGACAUCGAGACGCUGCUGGACCGCCAGGACGGCGCCAACUCGCUCAUCGGAGACUUCACCAAGCCCUUCGUUCUUCCUACGGUGGACGGGAAACACCAGGACCUGAAGUACAUCACUCCAGAAGUGAUGGUGGCCGCCCUGAGUGGCGAGUUCGAUUCCCUGGUGGAGCGGGUGGUGGUCAUCGACUGCCGCUACCCGUACGAGUUCGAGGGCGGACACAUCCGGGGGGCCGUGAACCUGCACCAGGAGGACCAGGUCCAGGACUUCCUCCUGCGGACCCCCCUGGUGCCGUCCCUGGCGGACAGGCGCAUCGUGGUGGUGUUCCACUGCGAGUUCUCGUCGGAGCGCGGCCCCAGGAUGUGCCGCUUCGUGCGGGAGCGGGACCGGGCCCUGAACGAGUACCCCAAGCUGCACUACCCCGAGCUCUACAUCCUCAAGGGGGGCUACAAGGACUUCUUCCCUCACUUCCAGGCGCAGUGUGAGCCUCAGUCCUACCGGCCGAUGCACCACGAGGACUUCAAGGACGACCUGCGGAUGUUUCGCCUGAAGAGUCGAACCUGGGCCGGGGAGCGCAGCAAGAGGGACAUGUACAGCCGUCUGAAGAAGCUCUGACCGGGUCCGGGUCCUGGUCCCCCCCAGACCACAUCACUGCCCCCACCCGGCUCCUCCUGGUCCCCCCCAGACCUUGUCACUGCCCCCCCAGCUCCUCCCAGUCCUGGUCCUCCUACGCCACGCUACCCUCCUGGUCCUAGUCCUGGUCCUGGUCCCAGACAGUCCAGCUUCUCACCGAUGGAGUUGAGUGGAGCUGAAGUCCUGCCUGCUGGUCCUGAAUCCUGACCCGGGGCCGUUUGGCGACCCUGGUGACCUUUGACCUGUAGAGAGGUCGCCGCCGGUGAAUCGCUCACGCCGCACUGCCAGCCUGACGUCUCCCGAUUGUAGGACUUGAAUGAUUUGAGCAGACCCCCGUGAGAACGUGGACUUGUUGAGAACUCUGCAGAUUCACAAAAACAUUUUACCGUUUUUAUUGACGACUUUAAAAGAGUUUAGUUUUUUUUAAUGUUUUUUUUGUUUUUGUUUUUCCUCCUCCUGAUUGGCUGCAGUCUCGGCUCCCCUCAUUCCCAAGAGACCAAAGCAAACCCGGUCCCGGUUUCCUCUGCGCUGACGUUCUGGUUUCUAAUGCUGCAGGUCGGCUAGCGUGAGGUGACCUUUGACCUGCAGAGAGUCCGGUUUGCCUGGCCUCUCCGGUCUGCGCUGGUCUGAGUCCUGGAACGAGCAGGGCGGCGUGGAGCUGCUGAAAU